UCUUCUUCUUCUUCUUCUUCGAUGGCUGCUCUUAGCGCCGCCUCUCGCCUCCUCCCCUCCGCCACGAAAGCCGCCAGACUUUCUCUAUCUACUCCCUCUCCCUCUCUCUCACCCUGUUCUUCCCUCAAAUGCCUCCGAUCAUCUCGUCUUCUCUCUCCUCAUCUCUUCCUUCGCCAGAGAAGGUCGGCGGUUCAUGUGGCUGCUAGCAGUUUCGGAACAGUUGCGUCUCCGAAAUGCUUUGCGUCCGAUCCAGAUCAACUGAAAAGUGCCAGAGAAGAUAUCAAGGAGCUUCUCAAUACUAAGUUCUGCCAUCCGAUUCUGGUGCGUCUAGGAUGGCAUGAUGCAGGUACUUAUAACAAGAACAUUGAGGAAUGGCCACAAAGAGGUGGAGCUGAUGGAAGUCUAAGGUUUGAAAUUGAGCUGAAACAUGCAGCUAACGCUGGUCUUGUAAAUGCACUGAAACUUCUCGAGACUAUCAAAGACAAAUAUUCUGGUGUGACAUAUGCGGAUUUAUUCCAAUUGGCUAGUGCUACUGCAAUCGAGGAGGCUGGCGGCCCCAAAAUCCCUAUGAAGUAUGGAAGAGUAGAUACUUCUAGUCCUGAUCAAUGUCCAGAAGAAGGAAGGCUUCCUGAUGCGGGCCCCCCUAAUCCUGCUGCUCAUCUGCGAGAGGUUUUCUAUAGGAUGGGAUUGAAUGACAAGGAAAUAGUUGCACUCUCGGGUGCGCACACACUGGGAAGGUCCAGACCAGAACGCAGUGGUUGGGGCAAGCCGGAGACAAAGUACACGAAAGAUGGACCAGGAGCACCAGGAGGACAAUCUUGGACAGCGCAAUGGCUGAAGUUUGAUAAUUCCUACUUCAAGGAUAUCAAAGAAAGAAUGGAUGAAGAUUUACUAGUUUUGCCAACCGAUGCUGUUCUUUUUGAAGAUCCAGCAUUUAAGGUUUAUGCUGAGAAAUAUGCUGCAGAUCAGGAUGAAUUUUUCAAGGACUAUGCUGAGGCCCAUGCCAAACUCAGCAACCUUGGAGCCAAAUUUGACCCUCCUGAGGGUAUUUCAAUAGAUGAUGGCCCUGCGACAGCUGCACCAGAGAAGUUUGUUGCCGCCAAGUACUCAUCUGGAAAGGAUUAAAAUACCAGUAUCUUGUUUUCUAGUGCCGUUUCUUUUAAUAACACAAGAUGAAGCUAUUGUCAAACCCUGUGAACUCACAUCUAAAACUUGGAAGUCUAAAUGAAGGAGAGGAAUAAAUUCAAUAGUGUUGUUGCCUAUUUGAAUUGCAGAGAGAACUAUCGGACUCUAUGAAGCAAAAGAUUCGAGCAGAGUAUGAAGCCAUUGGGGGAAGCCCAGAUAAGCCUCUCCAGUCAAACUAUUUCCUUAAUAUUAUCAUUGUGAUUGCGGUUUUGGCAAUUUUGACAUCUCUGUUUGGGAACUAAUUUGGUCUUUUUGGGUAUAUUUUGUAGAAAGUGCAUUGCUGAUGCUUUGGCUCAUAUAGCAUUGUGUUAAGAGUAGUUUAUGGUGCAUUUGACAUAUCAUGGUUA